GUAAUAUUCCCGCCAAAAUUUGACAUAUCGAUUUUUUUUCUCUGCAGUUCUUUUAAUGUACGCAAGCGAAUAAACAAAAUAAGAUAUUUUCACCACGUUUUCCAAACCUACGCAUAGUAAGUAAAUACACUUUGGUAUAAAAAGGGGUUGAUAGGGUUGUAUGCCGGCAUUCGGGCAUCAGCUGUUAUCACAGCGCCAUCUACAGCGCGGUUUGUGUUCGUUAUAAUAUUCUUUUAAAACCAAAAAUGUUGAAGAUCACAGCUGUCGUUUCUCUGAUGCUUAUCGCGAUGUGGUCGGAGGCGGACAGUAGAAGGCAUAAGAGGGAAGCGACCGCUUCAGCUGACUAUGGACCAGGCAGUACUUUGUGGGCGGCCAGUUUGUCGUGCGACUCUUGUGGUAGCGAGUGCGCAUCUGCAUGCGGCACUAGGCACUUCAGAUCGUGCUGCUUCAACUAUUUGAGGAGGAAGAGAGGACCUGAACACUUCAAGCUCCCCAUGCCUAUUAAUCAAGAUUUGAAACCAGAAAGCGCGCCAAAAUCCAAGAUGCCAAUGUUCGUUUUCGAGAACAAUCCGGAACCGUGGAGCAACCUUGUCUCUGCCGAGUACAGACCAUACGACGACGAUCGGCUACAAAUUGUCUAUGACAUGUAAACUCUAGACUAGACUGUGCCAUCCUUUUAGGCUGCAAUACCUACAGUUGUGUCAAAAUUACAUUGCGAAGAAAUCUUUUAUUCGAUAUCUAAAAUCUACUAAUCUCUAAAAUUAAUAUUUUAAUUUAAUAUCACAGCGUAUCCUUUAUUCUAAGGACAUAUAUGAAUUAUAUUUCUAAUAAAUUUAGUCCAUAAAAUAGUAAAUUUACAAAACUAUCAAAUUAAAAUGAUAGGUUAACAGAGAUGGCGCUGGCGAAUCGAUCCCAGUAUUAGAUGUUGUUCAUACAAUUGAUAUGGGAUAAAAUUAAUUUGUAAUCACUUAAUUAUAAAUUUAAACAUGUUCAAGUACUUUUUGGGCCAUAGACUUCUUAUAACUACAGAUUAUUAUUAAACGAAUUUGAUAAGUUAAAAAAAAAAAGUCAAAAGUACCAACAUUUUAAGUCGAUUGUGUUUAUAUCGCAAUGUAAUUUCUGAUGACACAAUCCUUUGUCAAUUUCAUAUUAACAAACUAUAUUUUUAAGUCUUCAUUUAUUAAAAUGGAAAUAUAGAAAGUAAAUAUUAAUAACGCUUAUUUAAUAAAUAAUUGAAUUCCAAAUUCAAAUUCUUUACUGUCACAGAUUUAAAAUGAUUACCGUUGACAUUUCCGAUUUUAUGUCUAAUAAUGGCUGGAAAUAGACAUAAAACCGUGCACAGAUAAUACAUGUAAGGAGUAGUGUAAUGAGAGUUUAAAAAAUAAAACAAUUUGGUAUCCAGUUGAUUGUUUUAUUAACAUAUCAUUAUGCCUUCCUUAUAAUUAACGACUAGAAGUUUUGACAAAUAUUAGCUCUUAGAUUGCACGAGUCUUUGUAUUUCG